AUGCAGUUCCUGGAGAAGCUCGAGAAGAAGGCCGAGCACGCGCUUAACAAGGUGGACAAGCUCGCGUCGGAUAAGAUCGCGGUCUUGCGCCCCGCGGAGGACGAGGACGUUCUCGCGUUCGAGCGCGAUCCGUCGUCGGUCGGCUCGUCCGACGCGAUCGCGUCUCUCGCGGCGAAGCUCGGGACGUGGGACGCCUCCGAGCGCGCGGAGCUCGACGCCGUCCUGAACGACCUGCGCGCGAGCGAGAAGGCGCGGGACGAGGAGGAGCGCGUCGCGUCCGCCGCGGCGAAGGAUGCCGCGGACGAGCGCGAGAUGUUCGCCCGAGAGGCGACGGACGCGAGAGAAGAGCUCCGCGCGUUAGAGCGCGCGAUCGACGCGGAGCGCGCGGCGACGACCGCGGCGACGUCGCAAGGGAAAUACCGCGAGGACGCGCUGUCGUCGGACGCGGCGCAGUACGACGCGAUGGUGACCGCGACGCGCACCGCGGCGAUCGAGAAGGAGACGGAGGCGAGGCGAUUGGCAGAGCGAGCGGCGGCGCUCGCGGACGACGAGCCGCGACUGGAGGUCGAAGCCGAGACCGCGGAGCGACGCGCCUUGGCGGACGAGGCCGCCGCGGAGGAGGAGGCGGAGAAACGAGUCGCCGCGGAGACGGGCCGGGACGACGACGACGCGGAGACGGCGCGCGCAGCCGACGCCGACGCCGCCGCCGACGCGGCGCGUCGACUGGAGGCGUUGACCGCGCGCGUCGCCGAGGAAGAGCGCGUCGCGUCCGCGCUCGCGCGAGACGCCGCCGCCGCGGACGCCGCGCGAAUUCGCGCGCCCGCGGACGCCAGCGCGCGCGUCCAAGAGAUGGAGAACCGGCUCAGGGAGUUGGAGUCGCAGCUCGCGGGGAAGCGAGCGAAGCGCGCGACGACGGAGGGUGAAAAAUUGCGUUUGGAGAAGAAACUCGCCGACGCGCUCGUGGAGCGACGGCGGCUGCAGAACCGCGGCGGCGGCGGCGGCGGCGACGGCGGCGGCGGGAGAGGAGGCGCGCAUGGCAUCGGCGCGGGGUUAAAACGCAGGGGCGGCGGCGGUAACAGCGGCGGAGACGGGGUCGGGUUCUACGGGAAAGACACCCCCGGUCGCGUCUUCGGCGGUGGGCUGCGCGCGCGGGUGAAGAACGUCGCGGGGAGGGUCGACGUCCUCGGGCGCCGAGCCGGGCGGCACCUGCGGCACAGCGGCGGAUGGAGGUCCGCGGUGAUCCUCUACGUCUUGAGCCUGCACUCGCUCGCGUUUCUCGUGUUAGCGUGGCGGGCGCUCGGGAGUCACAGGUCGAUCGAGAGGGGGAGGCUGCCGCCCGGCGUGGCGGACCCGGCGUGGAACGACUAA